UAUUCACCCCCCCUGUCAUGUGUCCACGAGAAGUUUUCGCGAAGAUUGCGUGUGACUUUCAAAUGCUUUGUAUUUUAUUUUGAACCUAAAUUAUUACCUGGAGGGUUUUGGCAUGAAAACCCAACUAAUGUUUUCAUUCUUUCGAUUGGGACUAUUCUACAAUGAAGUACUCUUGGAUACUGUAGUCUAAACACAUAGGAAGACGAAGAAGUGGCAUUUAUCGGGCAGAGAAGCGGCGAGACAUUAACAUGGCGGCAAUUUGACGAAAUAUCGAAGGACACAAUAUCGAAGAUAAAAUAUACUGCACUGUUUCAAAACUUCAUUAAACUUCGUCGAAAUCGUCUUUAGCCAUCUAUCAUUAUGUAAAAGUACAACAACUGGAUGACACCUGCGAGACUCGGCGAUAAAAAGCAGACGAGACAGCAAAGAAUGGCUGAAAUGGUGUUUUCGUGGGGGGUGAGUGAAUUAAAAUGUAUUAUAUUUAAGGAAAACAAUGACAAUCCUUAUGAAAACUACAAUAAUUAUAUUAAAUUAAGCAUAGUUUUUCAUGCCAUGAUAAUUUUUUUUAGGAAAUAAGAACAUUAAAUUUCUGCCAGGCAUAUUAGUUAUUUUGUGCAUAAUCAGCAAUUUACCUGAGGUGGUGCAUAGUCAUUUUCUGGUAAAAUAUUAUACUCAGACAAAUUUUUCCUUCCAAUGACCACCCCUAAAAGCAACCCUUCUAAACACUAUAAGCACUUCAGAAAGGCUGUCGCUUUUGCUUUUCAGAAGUUAGAGCUAUGUCGGCACUGCCGUUUCAGGGCGGGGUCAUUUUCAGGACUUUCGCCCCGGAUUCAGGUUUUGGCACAUAUGCCAUGUUGACCGCCAUGCUCAUUUUACCCUAAAACAGUUGAGAUUACCUGUGCUAAAUGAAAUGCAUACAAACAUCUAUGCAGGUCCUAGACUAAUAAACAUACAAGUAAAAACUACCUCGAUAAACUAAACAAUUCGUAAGUUAUUGCUUAGCAUGAAUACCAAGGCCGGUGAGAGGGGGGGGGGUGGCAGGGAGGGGGGCAAAAUACCCGGGGCCCGGAGUGCUCUGAGGGGCACGGAAAUCUCGGUGAAAUGUUCGUAUAUUGUUUAUCAUCGGCAAUUUGCAGAGGGACAGCUAGGGCCCGCGUUCACAAAUCGUCAUUUUGUCUCGGGGCCCGUGGUUGGCUCUCGCCGGCCUUGAUGCCACAAUCUUAGACGCAUGCAAUAUAUUAAAUCCGACUAUGAGGACUUUACUGGAUGUCCAAUUUGUGAUAUCUCAGUGACAAAGUCCGAAUAGUCAGAUAAAUAAAUCAGUAUUUUAAUAGAAAUUUGAAGUUGGCGAAAUGCCAUGCUAAUUAAGAUCACAUAUGACAUAUCCAAUUGCUGUCACAGUUGUGAUUUGCUUUUUUAGUACCACUCAAUUUGUGAAUUUGAGAUCAUAGUGAAGAUAAUUAAGUAUAGAGGUGUGCCAGUGGCAUAUAACAGCUAAGCUGAAUUACGGUUUAUUCUAUUGCCUAAACUAUACCGCAGAGGAUGUAUAUUUUAAGCAUUAGGCAGUUUCUAAAAAAGCCUGAACAUAUUAUUUAUCGUGUCGAAUAUAGCCUAUAUAUCUAGGUAUAUCUAGGCUUUUGUGGGUGUAAAGUCAUUGUCGCAGCUCUAUUAUUCACGUUUAAUUAACAGUUGUAUAACCAUAUCAUUCAACGGCUUUCACUAGUAUUCGGGUGGCUCUGCCAUGGAAACGUCUGGGUCCUGUUUGUUACUGCACCGUUAUUCCUCAUGAUCCCUGUGCUACCCACAUCAUUAUAACUAUUGCAUAUUUCUGCUAUUUUUGCGGGCCAACCAAGUUCCCUGCAGAGGGGGGUAAUGUUUAUAUAGACUUCCUUCAAGUCUCUCUUUGUGCCGUCCCACAGCUCAAUUGCAUGUAGCAUGUUUGCUGCCUUAAAAUGGGACCCCCAAUGUUGGACAGUGCUGCCGAGUGCCGCCUUAAACGUAAUAAAAAACUUAACUUAUAACUUAACGUAAAUUUAGAUUCCUUACAGCUAUAUAUGUACUAUUUAAAAAACGAGCAGGAGUGUUGAAACUCGACCUGUGAGUUUGUUAUAUGGCUUCAAAAACGUAUGCAUAAUAAGUCAAAUCUUUAUAUAAAAAUCUUUAUAUAAAAAUCUUUAUAUAAAAAUCUUUAUAUAAAAAUCUUUAUAUAAAAACCUUUAUAUAGUUUGCAUAACAAUGGUCUUUUGUUAAAGUGUUCUUUAGCUGGUAUAAAGACGUAUGCACGUGACUAAUUUCUUACUCAAGAUUGGAUAAUUGGUUCAUGAAUUAUUAAUGAGUUUUUGAAAAGUAAUUAAAAUACUCAUUAAUAAUUCAUAAACCUUGUGGCAAAUCAUGUUAGCCAUAAUAUGUCACGUGGAGUGACUUUAUAUCUGAUAAAACACAUGUGGCAUUAUAUAAAUAUUCAUCCUAAUAGCAUGAUUAUAUAAUGUUCAUCCUAAUUAGUAUUCUUUUGUAGUCGUAUUUUAAGCUAUUCAAAACACUCGUUGUCGUGUUUUAUCAGAUAUAAAACGCUCGGCUGCGCCUCGCGUUUUAUAUCUGAUAAAACACUCCUACUCGUGUUUUAAAUAGUACAUAACCAUUGAAGAAAUAUUGCCGUCGAUAAUUUAAUUUUCGGCAGCAAUUCCGUGCCGUUUAUAUAUAUAGCCGCCACCAAGAAUUUCCCGAAGGUACUGGAUUGACUUCACUGAUAACCAGUUCAUUUCACUUGCUUAUAUAUAUGUUUCAGGAAAUAUUUUUUGCACAGAAAUGAGAAAAUACACAAAUUCUGUCCGGAACUGUUUGUUGUCUUGUUGUGAGUCCAAUUUAACUACUAAACGAGUAGCCCCUUAUAUAGUCAGCCUCUGAAUAAUAAGAAGAGCAUUCGUCCGGAAAUUAUUUAGUUCUGGUAUAACUUCCAGUUGAAGUUUGUUCAAGGCCGGCGAGAGCCAACCAUGGGCCCCGGGACAAAAUGAUGAUUGGUGAACACGAUUGGUUUAUACCAUAAAUGUAUUUUUUUUAAUGUAGGUUUAACUAUCUGAAUAAGAUGAUUACCGGCACUGGUUUUCUCAUUUUAUUUGGUCUCGCUUGUCUGUUGUUUCAUUGUGAAGGUAUAGGAGUCGGAACUUUGUAAUUUAUAUUCUCAGUUUUUAUAAAUGUCAUAUUCUUUCGUUUUAAUAUCUUCGUUCACUCGUGAUUUGAGCUGCUUGCGUAGGCUGCAAUAUUUUUUCAUCGGGCAGUCUGUACAGACGUCGGACAGAUUGCAUGUAAAAAGUUAGCAAUUGUACUUCAAAAUUAUUAAAGGGAAGAGCGGCACGCAUUAAAUUGGUGGAAAUAGAUAGAAAUAUGCAACGUUUUUCACAAUUUGUUUUUGGUUCGGGCAAUUUCGGGAACGUCCGGAAAAUUUUCAGCCGCCCCUCUAACUUUUUUCCUCUGAAACUUCCGUAGGUAGUACCGGUGUACGCCUAUACGACUUCUUGUGUUUGGUCAAUCUCGUUCCCAGUGUCUCACCUCCGCCCCCGCCCCCCCCCCUGCGUGUUUAGGGGGCGUGGCGGAGGUAAGACCAUGUGAAACAGGUUGGUGUUUGGUUAGAUUUAAUGCUAUACAGGCAUGCAAGAAUAUCUGUAUAAGAGAAAAUAAAUUGGUCACAUAUACGUAAUGCUUUUUGCCCGGUUUUACAUCUUUGUGACCUUUGAGCUGACAACCCCUCUCACGAUUUACUGAUCACAUAUUCUGUGACCCUAAAAGAAAUGAGUUGUGAGAACAAUGAUUGACCCAAGGUCCCAAACAGAAUCUAUUUGAUUACACAAGUGCAGCCUUCAAAAAAAAUGUUUUCGUGUUGUUUAGGACAAGUUCAACCACCAUCUAAUGGGACCAGAUUGAUAUUUUUUCCUGGAUCAACCGUAAAAAUAGAUUGGUCAUAUGUUGGUGAUAUAUCUCAAGUGGAUCUUCGGUUUUGGUUUUUCAACAGUAGUGACGGUUCACGAACAGGACGACUUGCAAGAGUACUUGAAGAUGGGGACCCCGGACAACAAGACUUCAGCUUAAUACCUAGGUUUGAAAUAGACAAGCCAGCAACACUGAUUUUAAAGAAUGUUGAUCAAAGUUAUAAUGGAAUGUAUACCUUCAGCCUUCUAGACAAAAAGUCUGCCCAGCCUCAAACAUCUGAAGUUGUUGUUUUUAUUGCAAGUAAGUUUUAUAGUAAAGUAAAACUUCAAGUUUGCUGCAAUAUUUUCAUCAGUUUUGGAGUUGUAUGAGCAUGUCUGGCAUGACCAAGUCGCCGAGACGACAUUGACAAUUUCUCGUUGUUUCAAUUUAUUGAGAAAAUUUGCAAUGUUGUGUUGUACAAUCGACUUGACUAAACACAGCUUAAUUUCCGGAUUUAACAGGGUUUUUUUCAAUCACAGUGUUCUGUCCAGCAGCAUGCACACCAAUUACGCCAUAAAAGCAGAUUCUUCCACCCAGCUCUCAAAAACUACCGUUUCAAGUACCACCGGUACACAAUUACAUAGACCAUAGACAAAGUGGAUUUUUUUGUAAACAAUUGUGCAUGUUAAUGAUUAUUUAGUGUAAGUUAAUAAGACAAAAAGGGCAUGAAAUAUUGGCCACCACUUUUAAACUACCAGAGGAAAUGCACAUGUAGACUUAAUACAUGCGGCUAAAGUAUAUCACAUAUUAUCAUGGAACUUUAGUGAUAUUCAGUGACUCCGUCUCCGAUGAUCCAAGGUUUGUGUAGCCUAAGUGUUGCGAUUUGCGUAGACUUGGAUUAAGUCCGUCUCUCAAGAGUCCGAGGGUUGCUUCGCGAUUCGGACUCUAGAGGGACGGACUUGACCCAAGUCUAGUGUUGCGCAGCAUUCCGAAUUUAAAUAUAGAACGCCAAGAGUAGAACUUAUUAAAUACUUCGUAGAAUGCUUGUUGCAACAGAAACGUUGCAAAACUUGAUUAUUGCAAGGCAUGUUAACUUGUAAUUUUGCGUACAACUUGUGUCGCAACAAUUGAGACAACUGCAUAGUGUAAAAGCGGCAACCUCGUACCCAGGGUCUUUUAGCUAUCUUGGAUUUCUUUACGACAAUCAUACAAAAAAGCAAAUUAUAAAUUAAACUAUCAAAAUUAUCCAAAUAUCAAAUACUUUUUGGCCUCAUCUUGGAUUGCUAAUUAAAAAUCUGCUAGAUUUUAGCAGAUCACGUGACCAGUGUCUACCAGGGUCUUUUCUCCCCUCGCCAAGAGGAAAGACCCUGGGUACGAGGUUGUAAACUGAGCGCCUUAGAGCAAAUGUUAUUAAAGCUAUUGAAUUGUUAAACUUACGAGGUUUGUUCCCUUUUCAGUUUAAUAUAAUAUAUAAUGGAACUGAAUUACCAAGAUUCAGGGAUAACUGUUAAUUGUAGAGCUGCACCUUGGAAUUCAUUAAUUUGUUCAAAAAACUAACUGCGAACUAACAAUUUUAUUAGGCAUUCUCACAUUUACUAACUCACAUAAUAUAUGUUAAAGAUUAAAAUAUUGUCGAAACGUAGAUUCAACAGUUUAAAAAAUGUUUAUCGGUCCUGCUUCGGACUUUAAUUUCGCGAUUGUAGAAAAAUCGUGAAAUUAAAGUCGCGCGAAUAAAAAACCUCGCGAAAUUUACACGCGCGAAAUUACUGAAUACCCAUACCCUAGUCAAGAAAAGUUACUUAAUAAUGGUCUUAAUAUUAAGCUAUAGUUUGCAUCAUGUCUUGUUACCAGCAAUAAUUAAAGAUGAGUAAAAACAUCUGUUAAUCUUCAUCUGUGCAUGUCACUGUCAAUUAUCAAUUCUAUAUUAUAUUAUAUGCUAUAAUUUAUUCUUAUGUUAUAACUUAUUCUUAUGUUUUAACUUGUUUGGAAAGUUUAGAAUUUUACAGAAAAUAAAAUGUUGUCCAGAAAGCUUUGGUGAAAUUUAAUGCCCUUUUUCUAUUUUCGCCUGUCAUGCAAAAUCGCGAAAGUAAAGUCUCCCGAAAUAUUGCCUCGAAAAAAUCGCGAAAUUAAGUAUAAAUAAUUGGCAUAUAAAACUCCGUGCCAGUGGUGAAUGCAAAUUCAUAUGAAAUAUUUUUACUAUUUUUAUUAAUGUUAUUUAAUAUCUUUAACAAAAUGAAAUAUAUAUUUUUAUUUGAGGCUAUAGCUUAUAUACAUAUAAUGACAAUGUGCUUUUUUUUUCGUACCGUCUUACUACACAUUAUUUUAUUACAUUUCAGAAAAGCCAACUGUGACAUUGACUUGUUACAGUUCCGUCAUAUUCAAUGAAUGUGAUGACUUCACAUGUGAAUGUCAAGGACUAGGUGGCAACCCUUCAGCCAGUGUAACUUGGUACAAAGAUGGCAAGAAGAUUGCCGGAACAGGGACGGAAAAGCAAAUAUUAACUCUGAUGAACGUUGAUGAAACAGAUAGAGGAACUUACAAGUGUGUGACCGAAAGCUACCCAAGUACAAUGCACAGGGAUGAAAAAUCAAUCAGAGUAGAUGUUAAAUGUAAGUAUGAUUGAUAUUUAAGUUAAAUAGUUCCAACUCUAUAUUCAAAGAACGUGCGUAUGAAUUUAAAUUCAAAUCCCUCCUUACUCAAAUAAAUACAUGGAUUUACAUGGAUGCAGUGUGAGCAUGAGUGUGACCCUCUAAUUGGCUGUGCAAUGAUGACAGAUGUAGUUAAUGAUUCAAAUUUUGAGUAUUGUGCAUGGCCUAUGAGUGAUGACUAUAUUUAGGAUCUGACAAAAAGAAGUUACGGCGUAAACCUUUAGAUUUUAGUUUUACCACUCUUUUUUUGUGCGAUGAGAUGCUAAAAAUCCGAAAAUUUCCAAUAUGUUUUGUUUCAUAUGGUCAUGUGUUCAGAUACUUAUAGAAGAAUAAACGGUGGAGCAAUUUAACUUUUCUUCAAACACAUGUUAAUAAUUAAUACUUGUAUUACUGAUUCAUAAACGAACUAGCAAGUAACGCUGUUUUGUUCCUUCACAGUUGGACCAAAAGACACAUCCAUUGAGUUGAAACCAAACCCAGCCAUAUUGGGUCGAUCAUUCACCAUAACGUGUAACUCUCGUGGUUUUCCUGAACCAAGUUAUACCAUAUCCCAUAAUGGUAGUCAUCUAAUUAAUGCCAAGACGUAUACCGAUAACGACGUGGCGUGGACUGAUGCUGGAGUGUAUGAAUGCAAUGCAGGGAAUGAACGUGGAAAUGAUACGGCUUCUGAAGUUCUAAAGGUCACAGGUAAGAUUUUAAUUCAAUGUUGGAGUGUAUGCAUGCAUUGCAAUGAAUGAACGUGGAUAUAAUUUGGCUUCUGAUUUUCUAAAGGUUGAAGGUAAGAUAAGAUUCUAAGACGCAACCGGACGAAACACACGUAUAGGAAACAGGGAAAGGAAAAAUAUAAUUGGUAUACAGGGGAUGAGCAAAUACUUAAAUUUUGGCUUGAAUUGGGGCAUAAUUCUAUUAUUAUAUAUAGACAUAACCAUGAUAUAAUUAUUAUAGUACUGAGAAAAAUUCUAUCUACAACUAUAUUAUGUUCUAUUACUGAGACGGCUAGUCAAUAAUACAACCCGAUGUAAUGAAUGCAUAUACAUAUUUAUUUCUAAUGACUUUAGUUACAAUAAUUGCAUAUGUAGUAUCUUGAAUUUUGAUUGUUGGAAUGAGUAUUUAAUAUAGUUUCAGCAAAUUAUUUCAGCAAAUUAUGUAUGUAUUUAAAGGAAGGAGGUACCGUAUACAGUGUUAUUGAGUUAUGUUUGCAAGUUGAUACUUAAUCUUUAGUAAUCUUUUGUUUACCAAACAAUGUACAACUUUCUUUCGCAUAUAGGACUUCUUAAAGAAAAUUUCGUUUCAUUAUAUAAUUUUAUUUGCAAUUCGUGAAUUAGAGAGAGGACAACCAACACAGCUACCAACAAUACCAAAUACAAGCAAGUACGAUAAUGGAUCAGGUAAUACGAAGUAUACGACAGGGCCAUUUAUCUUAACUUAUUUUACACGUGAAGCAGCCAGCCAAAUUCACAGGCUACUUCCGUUAAUUUAGUUAAUUUUUCCUGAAAAAGACCGAAAAAAAAAACCUUUUCACAGUAUUCACCAUCAUCAUAUAAAACUAGAUCGCGUAUAUACUCAUUCCCUCCAAUGAAGACUAUAAUUGUCGUGAGAUUUUAAGGUGAAAAUAUCUGAAAAUCAGUUUUAUUCAUUGGCCUAAUACUAGUUUUCCUUUCAGGAAUUGCAUUAUUAAAUGUCAUUGGGUUUAGCUAAUUUUCUAACUCAUCAAUUCUCCAAAUGUUCCUUCAGGAGAGGUUACAAGUUCCAAAGUGGAUUGUGAAAGUUCUGGAACUGUUGUAGUAUGGCAUAUUGUUCUGUCGUUGGUGUCUGGAUUUAUUCUUGGAAUUUUCUUUUCCUACAUUGUCUCGUAUUCGCGUAGUCGUUGGUUUAGAAACAGGAAGCCUGAACGAAACCCUGAAACAAAGACAACUGAAGCUGAUACAACUUACCAGGAGCUUGAUCUUUCAAAAAUGAACACAGAAGAUAACUAUCAGUCGUUGAGAGUGAAUGCCGCCGUAUGUAAUGACGCUACAAAUGACGAUGACUCUACUUACACGCAGUUGAGCAAAACCAGAGAUGUGGAGGACAACUACCAAUCUUUAACUUGAAUUUGGAAUAUUAUUUAAGUGUCAUAAGGACUUGUUAAGCAAGCUAAUUAACCGUAGUCAAUAGAACAAAAGUGGUUACAAAAUUCGAUGAAACAUAUAGCCAGAACUCAUUAUAAAGGGACUAUCAGAAAAGGGGAGGGGCAGGGAGUUUCUGCCAUGCAUAGACUAUUUUUUACAGUUCGCUUGCCAUGCAUAAAUAAGGAUUUUUUACAAGGACACACUUUACCUCCACGUGAAGGGCAACAAUCACUUGGAAGUGUGGAACGCAGACUAGCUUGAGCACAAAUACUCGUCGACUACAGUUGGGGCGGAACAGUGGGGGCUAUGGGGGCUUUAGCUGCCCCAGAAGUAAAAGUGGGGGGGGGGCUUAGCCCAAAUACAUGAAAAAUGCCAGAAUGCGAGACCAUUUAUACAAACUACGAAAUCGUGAAAUUACUGCUCGCCGGCUAAAAUGCAAAAGAAAAUAUCCUAUACUUUGUGAUCAAGUGAAUGUGAAAAACACCUAUAAAAUUAUACUAAAACAAUUAUUCACCUCAGGCUCGGUGAUUAUCGUGAAUAAAAACCUCGACUUCGUCUCGGUUUUUAUUCACCGAUAAUCACCUCGCCUUCGGCGAAUAAUUGUUAAUUAUGUCGAGUCAGACGAAAUUUAACACUGCUAAUAAUAUACAUAAAGAUAUUACUCGACUGUGAUUGGUUGAUUUCAGUACAGUUAAUCCCAAACAGUAGUGCAAUUUUCUGUAAUCACAGUGCAAUUUUUUGUAAUCACAGUGCAAUUUUUUGUAAUCACAGUGCAAUUUUCUGUAAUUACAGUGCAAAAAUCUGUAACAAACUGAUCUGAUUGGUGAAAAAAAAAUGUGAUGAUUAAAUCACCUUCGCGUGGAAAAUAUGGCUUUUAUCUUUAUUUUUAAAUGGAAAAGCAUUUACCCUAAACAAGACUAACAAAAAUUACAUAGUUGAGUGAAAUUUUCAAGCUGCUAGCGUUGUAUAAUGUGAUAUUAAACAAAGCCAGGAAAACUUUGCCAGUGGAAUGUUCACUAUAAACGCGUAAGUUAAAACUACAAUUGUCUCGAACAUUUUUAUGUAAAUUAUUAAUAAGUAAUAGCAUGGUUUCUCGUGAAAUUUGGAUAAACAUGCACUCGUGAGUUCUUCAAAGACCUGAAAUAGUACUCG